AUGCGUCGUACACAAAAGCAAAAGGAUCCUAAUGCACCAAAACGUCCAUUAUCGGCAUUUUUCAUUUUUUCCCAAGAUGAACGACCAAAAAUAAAAUUAGUAAAUGCAUCACUAUCGGUAGCUGAUGUUGCUAAACUUAUUGGAGAAAAAUGGCGUUCAGCACCAGAUGAUUUAAAACGUCGUUAUGAAAAAGCAGCAAAAGAAGCUAAAGAACGUUAUGAAAUUGAAUUGCAGGCAUACAAACAAACACCUGCGUAUGCACUAUCAACACAACAACAAGCAAAAGCUCGAGCCUAA